GCCGCCUUCCUCUCCCAUCCCGUCAUCCCGUCACCUCAACACUCUCCGACGACCACACGGCAGCGAACACCACAACCUCUGUCCAUGGCUAGCGGGUACCCAAAUAGUCCUCCAGCAGGGCUCGCUAGGCAGUCCUCAGACCUAGAUGAUGAGGUGAGCUUGUAUAGCAACGCGAGAGAACGAAGGCAGUGGGACAAGCUGUCGGAAUUCUUCGCCAUCCUCAAGACCACGGAGCACCUGGAGAACGCGCGCAUCAAGAGCGCCAUCGGGCGUGACGAGUACACCCGGGAAUGCUCCGCCCUCAUCUCGCAGUACAAGGACGCAGAGAGCGCCUUGCUCGCGGACGGGAGCAUCACCAGCACAGUCGAUUUUAUCAAGGAGUACCAGCUAGAUUGCCCUUACGCGAUGGACCGGCUAGUCAAGUACGGCGUUCCCGCCACGGUCCUGCACCGACAAGUGGACGAGAGGGAUCAGAUCGGCAGGGCGCGCCAGGCGGCCGAGACGACCCAAUGUUUCAUCACCGCAAUGGACGCCUUGAAGCUGGAGCAGAGGGCUGUCGAUGAGGUGCAGCCGCUCAUCUACGACCUCUCGGACCGGUUGAAUAAGGUGGACGGGCUUCCGAAUGACUACGAGGGGACACAGAAGACGCGGGAGUGGCUGGUGACUCUGAACGCCAUGCGGGCGGCCGACGAGCUUUCGGAGGACCAGGCGCGGCAGCUCUUGCACGACCUCGACACGUCCUACAGCGCCUUCUUCCGGUACUUGGAGAUGACACAAAAGCCGUGACGACCAUCCUAUAGUACUAUGACGCACCACUGCA